AUGAUGAAACCAGGAAGAAGAUUUAAUAUUUCUAGCACUUUGAACAGUCCCGUGGUGAUCCACAAGAGAGGGCGUUCUCAACAUUUGAACAAAGAAGAGGUAUUGGCGUUCCUUGAUAAUUUUAUUAGCGAGAAGGAGAAUCUUUUGGAGAACGAAUUCUCUUUGAGCGCCGCUCAAGAAGGCGGCGAUGAGACUGCUGCUGGCACUGGCAAUAAAUUUGACAACAAUCUAACUGUGUCCUUGGCCCAAUUGAAGAGAUUGCAAAGAGAUUUCAAAGGUUUACCUCCUUCAAUAGUGAUAAAAACCCCGGUUAAUGCUUCAACCAACGCGGCUCCUGUUGAAGAAGAACAAGAAGAACAAGAAGAAUCAAAAGACGCCAGUGGUAACAUUGUCACAAAGAGCGCAAGUGGAGGUAGUAAGAUGAAGUUCACAGAUGACGAUUAG